AUGUCGGCGCCGAACGACGGCUACGGCCAAUAUCCCCCGCAGCAACAACCUUACGCCGACCAGCCCCAGGACGCCUACGACCCUCAGGCCGCCCAAGCUCCUCAACCUGCUGCCGCCGACCAGGGCAAGAAGAAGAAGAGAGGUUAUGCGACCCAGGCUUAUGAGUUUGGAGCUGGUGCCAAUUCCAAUGCCGCCGGCGCACCUCCGCAAGCAGGCGGUCUGUACGGCAUGCCUCAACCCCAGGCUCCGGCCUACGGAGGUUACCCUCAGCCAGAUGCUCAGCCCGCUGCCGCUGCCGGUCCUGGUCCUGGUGCUGGUGCUUAUGGCUCCCCUCAACCCCAGCAGUACGGUAUGCCGCAGCCCGCUGCUGCUCCCGCCCCGGCCUACGGCGGUUAUCGGGCCCCCGAUGCCGGCUACCCUGCCCCCGGAGGCGCUCCUCCCGCCGGCGGAGUCGCCGGUCUCAACCAGCAGAUGGCCGGUAUGAACCUCGGCGGGCAGCCUCAGCAGCCUGCUCCUGGUCAGGCCGCUCGGCCCAUGGCCUUGAACCAGCUCUACCCUACCGACCUGAUGAACCAGCCUUUCAAUGUCUCCGAGUUGGACUUGCCUCCCCCUCCCAUCAUUCUGCCUCCCAACACCAGCGUAACUCCCUCUCCCGACGCGAACUGCUCUCCUAAAUACGUGCGCUCGACGCUUAAUGCCGUGCCGACUACACACUCCCUACUCAAGAAGUCGCGGUUACCUUUUGCGCUUGUCAUACAGCCAUAUGGAGCUCUCCACGAUAACGAAGACCCAAUUCCUAUUGUUCAGGAUCAAGUCAUUGCGCGUUGCAGACGAUGCAGGACCUACAUUAACCCCUUUGUCACCUUCUUGGAUCACGGGCACAGAUGGCGCUGUAACAUGUGCAACCUGACCAACGACGUGCCCCAGGCCUUCGACUGGGAUGCCGCGUCGCAGAGGAGCACUGAUCGAUGGGGCCGCUAUGAGCUGAACUACUCCGUUGUCGAAUUUGUUGCCCCUCAGGAGUACAUGGUCCGCCCUCCUCAGCCUCUCGUCUACCUCUUCCUCUUCGAUGUCAGCUACGCCGCUGUCUCGACUGGCCUCCUGGCCACCAGCGCUCGCACGAUUCUCGACAGCCUUGACAGAAUACCCAAUGCCGACCGCCGUACUCGUCUUGGCUUUAUUGCUGUAGACUCUAGCCUGCACUACUUCUCGGUCCCGAAGGAUGGUGAGGAGAACGCCGAAACCAGCAUGUUGGUUGUCAGCGACCUGGACGAGCCCUUCCUCCCCGUUCCCCAGGACCUGCUUGUCCCCUUGACCGAAAGCCGUCAGAGCAUCGAGAGCUUCCUUGCCAAGCUACCAGAGAUGUUCCAGAGCAACCAAAACAACGGUUCCGCUAUGGGCUCGGCCCUGAGAGCUGGCCACAAGCUCAUCUCUGCUCUGGGAGGCAAGAUUGUGGUGCUCAGUGCCUCGUUGCCUAACGUCGGUGUCGGUAAGCUUGAUAUGCGCGAGGACAAGAAGCUGCUCGGUACAAGCAAGGAGAGCAGCUUGUUGCAAACUUCAAACAGUUUCUACAAGAGCUUCGCUGUGGAAUGCUCGAAGAACCAGGUCUCCAUCGACAUGUUCCUCUUCUCCUCGCAAUAUCAGGAUGUCGCCUCCCUCAGCAACCUGCCGAGAUACACCGGAGGUCAGACGUGGUUUUACCCCGGCUGGAACGCCGGCCGGCCGGAGGAUGCCAUCAAGUUCGCUUCUGAGUUCAGCGACUACCUGUCGUCGGAAAUCGGGCUGGAGGCAGUCCUUCGCGUUCGUGCCACCACUGGUCUCCGCAUGAAUGCCUUCUACGGCAACUUCUUCAACAGGAGCUCGGAUCUUUGCGCUUUCCCAGCCUUCCCCAGAGACCAGUGCUACGUGGUCGAAGUCGCCAUCGACGAAAACCUUACCAAGAACGUCGUCUGCUUGCAGACGGCGGUUUUGCACACGACAUGCAACGGGGAGCGCCGCAUUCGCGUCAUGACCCUGGCUCUACCAACGACAACGAACCUCGCGGACAUCUACGCCUCGGCGGACCAGCAAGCAAUCACGACGUACUUCAGCCACAAGGCUGUCGAGCGCGCCUUGAGUGGAGGCUUGGAAGCCGCCCGCGAUUCACUCCAGAACAAGCUCAUCGAGCUUCUCCAGACUUUCAGGAAGGAACUUGCGGGUGGCAGCAUGGGGGGUGGCUUGCAGUUCCCGUCGAACCUCCGCGGCCUUCCUAUUCUUUUCCUUGGCCUCAUGAAGAACGUUGGUCUCCGAAAGUCAGCACAGAUCCCAUCAGACUUGCGCUCUGCUGCGCUCUGCCUUCUGUCGACACUUCCUGUUCCUCUUCUCAUGCAGUACAUCUACCCCCGACUCUACUCGCUGCACGACAUGCCCGACAACGCAGGUGUUCCCGACCAAGAAACAAGUCAGAUUGUGCUUCCACCACCCGUUAACCUUUCAUCGGAGCGUUUCGCUCCGUACGGCUUGUAUCUCAUUGAUGACGGCCAGACUCAAUUCCUGUGGGCGGGCAGAGACGCCGUGCCGCAGUUGCUGGCCGACGUGUUCGGUGUGGAGGACAGGACUCAGCUUCGGGUAGGCAAGGGAGCUGUGCCAGAACUGGAAAACGAUUUCAACGAGAGGGUGCGGGCAGUGGUUCACAAGAGUCGAGACCACAAGUCCAAGGGAGUCGGCAGCAUCAUUCUGCCCCACCUCUACAUCGUCCGCGAAGACGGCGAACCGAGCCUCAAGCUGUGGGCGCAAACACUACUGGUGGAAGACAGGGCAGACCAGGGCAUGAGCGCGGCACAAUGGCUUGGAAUUCUGAGAGAAAAGGUGAGUGGCGUCGGCGCCUCAUGA